GGCUCCUCCUUCUUCCCCACCCCUUUGACAGACUCCUAAGAGGGCUGACCAGCUCUGCAGGACUCACGCUGCACUUUGCCAUGGCUUACAUCGCCAAGUCCUUCUACGACCUCAGUGCCAUCAGCCUGGAUGGCGAGAAGGUAGAUUUCAAUACGUUCCGAGGCAGGGCAGUACUAAUUGAGAACGUGGCCUCCCUCUGAGGCACCACCACCCGGGACUUCACCCAGCUCAAUGAGCUGCAGUGCCGCUUUCCCAGGCGCCUGGUGGUUCUUGGCUUCCCUUGCAACCAAUUUGGACAUCAGGAGAACUGUCAAAAUGAGGAGAUCCUGAACAGUCUCAAGUAUGUCCGCCCUGGGGGUGGAUACCAGCCCACCUUUACCCUUGUCCAAAAGUGUGAGGUGAAUGGGCAGAACGAGCAUCCUGUCUUCGCCUACCUGAAGGACAAGCUCCCCUACCCUUAUGAUGACCCGUUUUCCCUCAUGACCGAUCCCAAGUUCAUCAUUUGGAGCCCAGUGCGCCGCUCAGAUGUGGCCUGGAACUUUGAGAAGUUCCUCAUAGGGCCGGAGGGGGAGCCCUUCCGACGCUACAGCCGCACCUUCCCCACCAUCAACAUUGAGCCUGACAUCAGGCGCCUCCUCAAAGUGGCCAUAUAGGUGUGAGCCGCUCAGCACACACUUCUCCUAUCCAUCCAGUACCUUCCUUAGGAUUCGGCACGUCCUCAGGAGACACUGCUGGACCUAAGCGUUCCCUUGACAUCAGCCUCCUUCACUGAAGAGCCUUGCCUUUCCCGUCUGCCUGUUUCCUUUUCCUCUCCUAACCCUCCAGCUGGUGAUUCAACCCGGGGCUCCAAGACUCGGGUGGGCUCUGGGCCUUCACAGAAUGAUGGCACCUUCCUAAACCCUUGUGGGUGGUGUCUGAGAAGAGUGAAGGGCCUGGAGCUACCCUGCUAGAUGAGUCCAAUAAAGGGCAGGUGUGGAAA